CCACCGGAAGUCAUUAAUAAUCUCCACCCGUCCUCUCCUCCUACUUCCGCUCGGCGGCUCUUGCAGCUCGCUCACCCUCAAAUCUCCUUAAUAAAUCGCUCAUUGACCCUGCUCCUGCACAGAUUUGCAGGGGAGGGGAGGGGGGCAAGAAAUGGGGAUGAAAUGGCACGUCGUCGCGGUGCUGGGCGUGGCCUGCACUGUGGCCGCCGCCGUCGCCGCCGACAGGGGGCUGUCGUUCGCCGGCGCCGUGGCGCCGCCGGAGGAAGCGAGCUACCUGCGCAAGCUGGCCAGCUCCCUGUGGCAGAGUGACGGAACCGCCUACCACCACGUGUGGCCGCCCAUGAAACUUGGGUGGAAAAUUGUGUUGGGGUCAUUCAUUGGAUUCUUCGGGGCAGCGUUCGGCAGCAUCGGCGGCGUAGGUGGCGGUGGGAUCUUCGUGCCGAUGCUGACCCUGAUCAUCGGCUUUGAUCCCAAGUCGUCCGCGGCGAUGUCAAAAUGUAUGAUCAUGGGCGCUGCCGUGUCAACUGUGUACUGUAACCUCAAGCUGAAGCACCCAACAUUGGACAUGCCAGUGAUAGAUUAUGAUCUAGUCCUGCUCAUACAGCCCAUGCUGAUGCUAGGGGUCAGCAUUGGGGUUAUCUGCAAUGUGAUAUUCCCUGACUGGCUCGUCACCGUCCUCUUGAUCAUUCUCUUCAUAGUUACUUCAACUAAAGCUUUUCUGAAGGCUAUCGAAACAUGGAAGAAAGAGACGAUAAUCAUAACGGAGGCAGCAAAACAAUCGGAACAAACCAGUGAAGAACAGGAGUACAUGCCCCUGUCUGCAGGACUUGACGCCGCAUCUCCGUCUGAAAUUCUGUCAGAUCAUGAUCGAAAUGAAACCCCAUCUGACAAAGAGGUAUCCAUUUGGAAGAAUGUUUACUGGAAGGAGGUUGGCCUUCUUGCCUUCGUUUGGGUAGCAUUCCUCGUGCUUCAGGUCGCUAAGAACUACAUGGCAACUUGCUCCAUCUGGUACUGGGUUCUGAACUUACUCCAGAUCCCUGUGUCUGUUGGGGUGGCCAUGUACGAAGCAGUAGGUUUGGUGCAGGGGAGGAGGGUGAUAUCAUCAAAGAGGAAUGAGCAGAACAGCCUGAGAGCCCAUCAGCUUUUCGUAUACUGCUUCUUGGGCGUUACCGCUGGUGUCGUCGCCGGUCUGCUUGGCGUCGGUGGGGGCUCCAUCAUGGGGCCUCUCUUCCUGGAGCUCGGUGUCCCUCCGCAAGUCGCAAGUGCCACCGCCACCUUCGCGAUGAUGUUCUCAUCUUCCAUGUCCGUCGUAGAGUACUACCUCCUGAACCGGUUCCCUGUGCCAUAUGCUGUCUACUUGACCAUCCUGGCAUUUUUCGCUGCGAUCGUCGGCCAGAGGGUUGUGAGGAAGCUAAUUGAUCUGCUAGGGCGGGCGUCGAUCAUCGUCUUCAUACUGUCCUUCAUGAUCUUCAUCAGCGCGCUCUCUCUAGGCGGAGUCGGCAUCUCCAACACGAUCCACAAGAUCGAGCGGCAUGAGUACAUGGGAUUCGAGAACAUCUGCAAAUACGAGGCAUAGGAAGUCGUAGCCUGUGGGCGUGCAUGAACAGCGUGAUGUAUUGUGCAGUAUCAGUGGACAUGUCAAGGUGAACAAGGCUGGAGCUCAGGAUUCCACGGGUGGUUUAACAAGGUGAACAAGGCUUGGAGUAUUCCAAAGUCCAUGCAAAUUGCAAAUUGUAAGAGCUAAACUAUAAAUUGUAAAUUGUUACAAGUAAAGUGUUCGAAUUUAGAGUUUAA